UUUUCGCUCUUCUUCUUCAGUGGUUCUCAGAGGAGUCAGAGCUGCACCGACCCGGUGGAGGACCGCGGAGCGAAGCCAAAGGUCGUCCUGCAGCCGGCGCUCGUGGACAGAGUUGGCAUCAGCCACAGUUUCACCGCAGGGAUACUCCUGUCCUCCGAGAACAGCCGUUCCGUCUCCGCUCCCAUCGCCGCUCCAGACCGGAGGCUCACCUGGCGAGCGGUCGUGUCCUCGUCGUCGACUCCUCUGGGCGUCCCUCCGCCGCGCCCCGAGCGCUCCAUCAGCCCAGAGAGCAACGACAGCAUCUCCGAGGAGCUCAACCACUUCAAGCCCAUCGUCUGCUCGCCGUGCACGCCGCCCAAACGCCUGCCGGACGGCCGCCUGCUGGAGCCAACCAUCGUCAAGUCCACGCCCAGGAACCUGAGUCGCGGCCUGCAGAAGGCCACCAGCUACGAGGCCAGCCCCGCCGUCCUGCAGAAGUGGCGGCAGAUUGAGCUUGACCGCCAGAGCCUCAAAGUCAACUCCAAGGCCACGCUGACGAGCCCCGUCAAGGAGCUCCACGCCAAGGCCGCCGGCGGGGGGGACGACGCAAAGACCCAGCCGUCCUCGGCGGCGGGAGACGGAGUGACGCCCGCCAACAAAAGGAGGCUGCUGUUCGAGCCGCCGACCGCUGGAGACUCGGACGCCUUCCACAAACAGUCCAUAAAGAUCCGGGUCCCUGCCAUCCGCUGCAGCGGCGAGGCGGCCUUCAGAGCGAGCUCAGACUCUGAGGCAACUCCUGAAUCCUGCAGCGGAGGAGGAGGAGCAGGAGCGGCGCUCUUUAGUCGCAGACAGUCGUUCUCGCCGUACACGAAGAACUCUGGUUUCCAGUCGUGUAAGUUUGUGCCAAAGGACUCGCAGAGUCCGAAGAAGGAGUCCGACAGUAGCCUCCACAACCAGUCUACCUCACGGAAGGGCAAGAAGCGGGACCAGAAGACCAAACACCUGGACUCGGAGCGGGACUCGGACCUGAAGCGGAGCCGCUCGGUCGGCCAGGAGGCCUUCGACGAGCGCUACAUCCGCCAGCUCCGGCAGGAGCGCCGCGACCGCACGCUCGCCCUCAAACUGCAGAGACAGUUCGACCUGGAGAACCAGACCGCCAACCGCCGCAGGAGCCCCGACCAGUACUUCCUGCGGUCCUGGAUGUCCAAUCAGAACCGCAGGAGGCGUGGCUUAAGGAGAUCCCGACGAAUCAACAAGAAGCACUAGAGAGGAGUCGUCCGGCGACUUGGCACAAAGAGACUCGAAGAGGUUUAAAUAUGCAAAGCGACGAAAGGUUUGAAUGUUUUUACACGACAGGCGAGGACAGAGCUUAUAACAGGGUUCAUAUGGACAUGGAAAACCUGGAACAGUCCUGGAAUUUGCUAAUAGCAAUCUCCAGGCUUGGAAAAGUUUUGGAAUUCUAAAUAUACCCUGAAAGUUUUUAAAAGUCCUGGA